UUCGAAUAUCCAACAAUUAGAUAUCCUCGAAGAGAGGAAUCCAAAAACGACACGAAACCCAUCGUUUUAGUUACGUGGCCCAUUUCAUUGGGAAGAACCCAGAAAUGGCAAACACACUAAUAAAGAAGAUCUGUGAUUCUUCCUUUCGAUUCAUCGUCGUCUUCCCCAAAUUAGGGUUUUCUGGGAAUUAGGUUGAUUAAAUUAUGCGAGGCGGUGGUAGGAGAAGGUCAAACGGUGGUGGUAGUUCUGGCAAAAACAAGGCUAAAUCUCCAGGACAGAGCACGAGAACCAAUCAUAAUUCCGCGGCGGGGUCUUCCUCCGGUGGUCGUCACCGACGUCAGAAUAAUACUACUUUGUUUGUUGAAGGAGGUAUUCUCUCCGACUACCGAAAAGAUCCUAACUUUUCGACGCCAUCUCGUGGAGGAAGCUCUUCGGGAAAGGGAUUGAGAUCUAGAAGCAUAGAGCGUGUAAAAGCUUCUGCUUCCACGAGUGGUCCAAGGAAAUGCAGUGGUAAUACUUAUGUGUAUCAAUAUCCUUCCAUUGAUUUUGAGGAAGGUUUGGAUCGAAGAUCAGGAGUUGAAAGUGAUCAAAUGAAUGAAAGUCCACUGGUGUUGGGGAAGUCAGAGGCGACUCAAAUUGUUGCAUUUCUGGAUCAAACGCCUUCGUCAUCGAAAGGGAUUAAGGUAAGUUAUGAUUACGAAUACGAACCGAGUUACGUUUUGGGUGAUGAUUCUCAUAAAGGAUUGGGAUUUUGUGAUGAUUCUGAUGCUACACCAAGUGGUAGCCUUUCUAUUCCAAAGGCUUUGGGAGAUCAAGGUGGUUCAUUUUCCCAUGAGGAGGAGGGUGAUGCUGUUGACGAAUCUGGUGGAAAUGACGAUGAACUGAUGCCUGAUGUUGUGAAAACACCGAAAAGGAGGAAUUCAGGUUUCAUUUCUAUAGGAGGGAUGAAGUUGUACACUGAAGAUGUAUCUGGUGAAGAGAGUGAUGGAGAAGAAGAGAUGAAUGAUGAUGAUGAUGAUGAAUCUGGAGAUGAAGGAAGCAGUGGAUCUUCUGAAUUAUCUGAGAGUGACAGCUCGGAAGAUAUGUUUGGAAGUUAUUCCGAGAUUGAUGAUGAUGUUGCCAAGGAUUACUUGGAAGGUAUUGGUGGCAGUGAGAUUAUGUUGGAUGCUCAUUGGUUAGCAGAACAGUCUUUGGAUAAAUUAGAUUUGUCGAGUGAUGAUAGUUCUUCAAGCGAUUCUUCGGAUCGAAAAACGAGAAAGUUGACUGGUAUUCGUCUGCAAAAAGCUUCAAUGGAAUAUGGUAAGAAGAAGACAACAAGAAGUGGCUACUCGGGGCAUGGUAAGUCUACUAAUCCAUUGGCAAUGGAUGAUCUUAUGUUUGUGAAGGAUCCAAGAAGUCUUUCGGGGAAGAAGAAUAAGAAGAAAGAGGUGGCUAAGUUUCCCCAGUCUUGGCCUUCACGGGCACCAAAGAGCAAGAAUUCCCGUAGUUUUCCUGGUGAGAACAAGAAACACCGCAAAGAAUACAUUGCUUUGAAGCGCCGUGAGAGAAUGCUGCAGCGUGGUGUUGAUCUUGCUGAUAUUAAUUCUCAGUUAGAGAAUUUUGUUCUGGAGAACGUGGACAUGCACUGUUUCCAACGUAUGCAUAAUCGAGAUUGCUCUCAGGUAAGACGAUUAGCAGAUGUCUACCGCUUAUCAAGUAGCUGCAAUGGUUCUGGAAAGAAAAGCUUUGUGACGGUGACUCGAACAUAUCAGACAUGUAUGCCAUCUGCCAGCGAUAAACUUCGCAUUGAGAAGCUAAUAGGAGCUGGAGAUGAGGAUUGUGAUUUUGCUGUCAGUGGAGGGGUAAAAGGGAAAUCUGGAAGUUUAGAUAGGAAAAAAGCAAAAGACUCAGCUAAAAAGCGACCUACUAGAGAGGAACGGGAGAGAAACAAAAGCAAUGGGAAGAAGAGUUCUUAUGCUGAUCAACCUGUAUCAUUUGUGUCAAGUGGCAUAAUCGAUUCUGAGAUAGCUGUUGCAAAAACCUCAGUUGAAAAAGUUGCAAAAGAGGUAGCUGAAACUACUCCGGGAACCUCUAAUGGAGCAGACAUUGGAGCAUUUGAGGUACAUACCAGAGGUUUUGGAUCCAAAAUGAUGGCUAAAAUGGGAUUCAUAGAUGGAGGUGGUCUAGGAAAGGAUGGUAAGGGGAUAGCACAGCCAAUAGAAGCUGUUCAGCGUCCGAAAUCACUUGGGUUAGGUCUGGAUUUCUCCAUUGACACUGAAGACCCGAGUCCGUCAAGUAAUAACAAUAACAACGCUAAACGGAACAGAUCUUCGUCCUCCGGGAAACAUGGGAAACGCAUCACCCAUGACAAUGGUGCCUCUGGUUCAGGAAGAAUCAGGGACAAAAGAUUGGGAGCCUUUGAGCAGCACACAACAGGCUUUGGGUCGAGGAUGAUGGCGAGAAUGGGUUUCGUCGAAGGCUCGGGUCUGGGUAGAGAGUCACAAGGCAUAGUCAAUCCGCUGGUCGCUGUCAGACGUCCUAGAGCACGUGGAAUAGGUGCUGAAGGCUAAACAUUGAAGUAUUUAACGGUCAAUGUUUGAACAAGAACAGUAAGAUAUCGUUUUUAAGUAUGUUCAUCUUCAAUCUUCAACAUGUGGCCUUUGUUCAAUUUAUGUUUAAGACUUGGGAGCAGCUUUGUUGUUAUCUUGACAUCAAUGUUGUUGACAUAAUAAAGCAUCCUUUCUUUUGGCUUCUUUAACCACCAUUGAUGCAAAAAAAAAUACAUCCUCGGCUCCAAGAUUCUAUAAAAGAAAGUACCGAUCUUAG